AUGGGCAUUAUCUGCAAAAUGAUUAUGAAAAAUCACAACUGCAACGAUGUUCUUCCUCAUUUUAGGAUAAUGCAUAUAGACAUGCAAAUCACCCCUGCCAUUGCUGCCAGCUAUGCAGCAGAAACAAUAUUUGUAUGUAUUGCAGGUAUCCUGUUCACCAUGCUGGUAUUCGGACCAGCCUGCGGCUUUAUCCUAGGGUCCUUCUGUACCAAGAUUUAUGUCGAUGCUUUACUUGCCGAUACCAGUAAGCUGGAAAUAACUCCGGAAGAUCCAAGAUGGAUUGGCGCAUGGUGGGCUGGUUUUCUGCUCUGUGGUGCCUUACUGUUCUUCUCUUCUCUUCUGAUGUUUGGAUUUCCUCAGUCUCUCACUACUGUCAAGGAUAACUCUGAUGAGAGUGAGCAAACUAUGCUACCCGACCUAGAAUACGAGAGACCGAAACCAAGCAAUGGUGUGCUGAGGAAUUCUUCUGAGUCAGGAGAAGGAACAUCCUGCUUUGAACAGCUCAAAGUCAUUCCAAAAGUAACUAAGCACCUAUUAUCCAACCCUGUGUUCACCUGCAUCGUUCUCGCAGCUUGCAUGGAGAUAGCUGUGGUAGCAGGCUUUGCAGCAUUCCUGGGUAAAUAUCUAGAACAACAGUUCAACCUGACAACCUCAUCUGCCAAUCAACUGCUAGGAAUGACUGCAAUACCUUGUGCAUGCUUGGGCAUUUUUCUCGGUGGACUUCUUGUGAAGAAGCUAAGUCUGUCUGCACUGGGAGCAAUUAGAAUGGCAAUGCUUGUUAACCUGGUUUCCACUGCUUGCUACGUUUCCUUUCUCUUCUUGGGCUGUGACACUGGUCCAGUAGCCGGAGUGACUGUUCCCUAUGGAAACUUCUCUUCUACAGGGUCCUCUACUGAUCACACCCCUCCCUGCAAUGCUGGCUGUGAAUGUCAGAAUGACUCCUUCUCCCCGGUAUGUGGUGCUGAUGGAAUCACCUACAUGUCUGCUUGCUUUGCUGGCUGCACAAAAGCAAAUUUCACUGGCUGUUUAUGUGUUACAUCUGUCCCCGUGGAGAAUAAUACUGUGAUUCCUGGAAAAUGUCCCAGCCCUGGAUGUCAGGAAGCGUUUCUCACAUUCCUAUGUGUAAUGUGUGUUUGCAGCAUGAUUGGAGCAAUGGCCCAAACGCCAUCUGUUAUCAUCCUGAUCAGGGCUGUAAGUCCGGAACUGAAGUCAUAUGCACUAGGUGUCCUGUUUCUUCUUUUGCGUUUGAUCGGCUUUAUACCUCCACCGCUCAUCUUUGGAGCUGGGAUUGACUCUACCUGUCUGUUUUGGAGCACAUUUUGCGGAGAGCAGGGAGCCUGUGCUCUGUAUGACAAUGUUGCCUAUAGAUAUCUUUAUGUCAGCAUUGCUAUAACACUGAAGUCCUUAGCGUUCAUCCUUUAUACCACCACAUGGCAAUGCCUGAGGAAAAACUAUAAGAGAUACAUCAAAAAUCACGAGGGAGGGCUCACUACAAGUGAAUUUUUUGCAUCAACGUUGACCUUAGAUAACCUCGGCCGAGACUCUAUCUCUCAAAAUAAAACUAACAGGACAAAAUUCAUCUAUAACCUGGAAGACCAUGAGUGGUGUGAAAAUAUGGAGUCUGUUUUAUAGUAAAAGAUGGGUGGACUGACUCUAUGUGUUGUCCACACAAGAUAUUCUUUAUUUUUUAAAUGAAAGCAAAUAUAUAUAUAUAAAUAUAAUUUCUUUCGCAUUGGACAUUGGAUGGUACUUGGUUUAUUUGCCAUUAGAAUGGUUUAUGGAAGGAAAGCAAACCGAGAUACAGCUGUUUGUUCUCAGGUUUUCAGCAUCUGAUCUUCUAGCAUGUUGGAUACUGCAACAAGUCCCUUAUGGCUUGUCUAAUGGAGAGCCCAGCAGGCUCACAAAAGUGGCUCAUAAACUAAGAAAUCUGGCAAGAUUCUAGCCUUGAAUUUAAUGGCAUCAUGCAUUGCUGCGUUUGAUUGAUACAAGUGCAAACCAUUUGCUGGAUGAUGGCUGACAGCACCCUAUAAAUACUCUUCAAGAUCAUCUCUCUCAUCGCUGUGAAUGGCAAGCAGGCUCCGGCUUUAAUAAAUCCUAAUCAACGUAAUGACUUUCAAGACAUUAAGAGAGCAAUGAAAAAUCCAUGUUUUGGCUUUUUUUUUUUUUUACCAGAUCAUUGACUGAAAUGUUGCCCUGUACUGUCACAGAAACGUGCAUCCCAUUAAUCACGGUUCAUAGACCCCUGUUCAGUAGAGCAUGGUUCCGGCCUUCCUUUGUCUGAGUGAAUUUAAGAAUUGUUGCAGUGAACAGAGAAAAAUCCUCAAAUGA